UUGAUCCACAUGGUUUACUCCAAGUCAUCUGUCUUACGUGCCUUUAUUCGCUCAGGUUAAUUGUGAUCUCAUAUUAGACUGAUCAAAGUGACGUCUUUACUACUGUAGAGGGACUCCUUGUUUUAUUUGAGACAGUUUGAUAGCUGGGUUCAUGGACCCCCGACAGCCUGCUGCCCUCCCGCUGCAGUUGCAUGGCAACAGAUUUGCAACGAGCUCUGGACAACUGCCAAAACUAAGCGCGGGAUCCAGGGAAAGAAGAGGAGGAGGAGGAGGGCAACAUUCGGAGCAACAAAAAAUGACUUCCUCUGCACCUGUCAGUUCCAGGUUGAACCCACAUGGACAGUCUGAGUGCCUGCUGGAGCCGGGGGUUCACUGCCAUGCCAAGGGUACACUGGGCAGUAAGAGGCUCCUCACCAUUUGGCACUCAGGGGUCAUUUUUCCCUGGAUGACACUGCGGACAACUUACCCCAAAGCAUCUGUCAGUGUGGCGGCGAGCAGCUCAGGAGUGGCAGUGAAGAGGGAGAGAACGGCGUUCACCAACUCCCAGCUGCUGGAGUUGGAGAAGGAGUUCCACUUCAGCCCUUACCUCUGUCGACGUCGGAGGCUGGAGAUGGCUGCCGGGCUGCAGCUCACCGAUCGACAGGUGAAGAUCUGGUUUCAGAACCGCAGGAUGAGACACAAGAACAAGGAAAGAAAGAGUUUUCCACAAGGCACUUCCUGUAACCUAAACUCUUGCUCAGACCUCCAUGCGCUCGAGUGUACUAUCUCUCCUUUGUUUGGUGACAGCAGCACGGCUGGUUGUAUUCACCCUGCAGACAUGUCCCAUCGAAACGGCAUGUUUCCAUCUCUUGCAAAUGGUUCUCAACUCUCCUGCAUGAGUGUAGGUGGUCAUCAUUAUCCCAGCAUUUCCAGCUGGUCCUGAGGCCCAGUAAUGAUCAUCCAUUUAAAAUACUCGUUAAAAGCUCAAUCAAACAUUCACAAACACGUACUUUUUAGGCACUACUGAAUGAUGUCUGAUCAGCACCGAAAAUCCUGUUUUAUAUAUUCUUUCAUCAUCACCAAACAAUAUAGUUUUCCUCUUUAUCACUUUAUACGAUAAUGUGUUUUGUUUCCCCAGAAGAAUGUUGGUCUCUUUACUUGCUGUUCUUAUUUUUAUAGCAUGUGAUACAUAUUUACUUAAAUGCCUGUGCUCUAAUUUUCAGUAAUCUUAUGUUGCACGAAUAAGGAUAUGAGAAUACUUAGUCUGUUUUUUGAAUUGCAAAUAACUGUUCUGUUUGUGUAGGUGCAUUUGUGUAAAAUACUUUUACUGGGAAAAAACUGUUCAAGUUGAAUUAUGCUACAAUUCUGUUCGACACUAAAUCAUCCAGCACGUUUUUCAUAUCUUUGUUGAUUAAUUGGGAUGUCAUAAAUUGUACAUAGUUAAUAAAUUCAUUUGGGAAAAGCGUA